AUGUCUCUAUGCACUCUACGCCUCGGCGAGGAGAGGAAGCAAUGGCGCAAAGACCAUCCAUUCGGCUUCUGGGCGAGGCCAGUCAAGGGCGCUGAUGGUGUGCUUGACCUCAAGAUUUGGGAGUGCGGCAUCCCGGGCAAGGAGAAGACGAUAUGGGAAGGAGGCGUGUUCAAGAUGACAAUGACAUUCCCCGAAGGCAAAUUCACACCGCCUCUGUUCCAUCCGAAUGUCUACCCUUCCGGCACUGUCUGCCUGUCGAUCCUGAACGAGGACGAGGGCUGGAAGCCGGCCAUUACAAUCAAACAGAUCGUUCUCGGUGUUCAAGACCUCCUCAACGACCCGAACCCCGAAUCUCCAGCACAAGCCGAGGCGUACAAUCUUUUCAAGCGAGACAAGGCGGAAUACGAAAAGCGUGUCAAGCGGGUCGUGAGGGAAAACGCUCCGGCCUGA